AUGCAACUAGAAACAGAACUGACUGCCCUCAGAACCACAGAACUACAACACAAAACGGACCCCAGCCCUGCCCUAAUGGCCCAACUACAGACACACAGACAAGAAAUACAGAAAUUUAUGGCACAAGACUCAAAAAAAGCACUCCAAUGGACGAGACAAAUGUUUUACGAAAAAUCGAACAAAGCAGACACACUUUUAGCUCGCAGGCGCCGCCAACGGCAACGAUCCAAACAAAUAACCCAAAUACAAGCACCCGACGGUCAGCUACGCACUCUACCACACCAAACAGCGACCGUCUUCCAAGACUACUAUGCCUCUCUCUACAUUUCUGGAACGCAUCCCCAUGCCUUCACUCACAGAUGA